AUCGGAAACCUGUCACGGUAUUAUAAUAAGUUAUUAAGCCUGGAAGGCAUAUGCUCUUCCUUUUUAUCCGGGAUAACCCCGUGCACGAAACUUUCGAACCAAACGGCGAGCCUAAGAAAUCUAGAAGAAAUUCGUGGGUAACUACCGCGUCCAACCCCCGGGCUUUUUAAGGCGCUCCCGCACGAAAUCAGCCUUCCUUAAGCUCAUCUCUUUUCCCCUCUUUCUUCCUUCUGCGCGUAGAUUCUCUCUCCCUCCUCCUCCCUCUGGCCCCAAUGCUGCCCUCUUAGAUCCACCAACCCUAGGAACCCGGGUUCCAGAUCCGAUUCCGGCGAGCGUUUUGGCUUAAUGUGUGGGGGGAUUCUAGGGUUGGAGGACGGGAGGUAGCGCGCGACGAUGGGGUCCCGAGGAGCCGCGGUGGCGGCGUCUCCGUCCUUGUCGGAAGGCGCCGACCCGUUGAUCUCAGAACUUCAUAAGAAGCAUCGAUUGGAACUGGAAAAGUUAACAUUGAUCACGCAGCCGUUUAGGACGUUAACAUUUUUCUUCUUUGCUACUGUGCAAAAUCUGAAAAAAUUACUUCUAUAUAUUCUGAGGAAAGGUGGUUGGUUUAAGGUCUUGAGUAUCCUGGUAGUGGCUUUUGGUCUUCUGCUCAUGGCUGUUGAUGGCUCUCAUGAAAAGCAUGUCCAGGAGUUUCUUUGCUAUUCCAGAUUUGGGUUGUGGUGGGUAGCACUAGGUGUGGCAUCAUCUAUUGGACUAGGAUCUGGUUUACACACGUUUGUGCUCUAUUUAGGGCCCCAUAUUGCCCUAUUCACAAUUAAAGCCAUGCAAUGUGGUAGAGUUGAUCUGAAAACUGCUCCAUAUGAUACCAUACAGCUGAAAAAAGAACCCUCGUGGCUUGAAAAGGAUUGUUUAGAAUUUGGGCCUCCACUGUAUCCAUCAUCACCUAGUUCUCUAGUUAGGGUUUCAGUGAGCAGAAUACUUCCUCAGGUUCAACUAGAAGCUGUUCUUUGGGGCAUAGGUACUGCACUUGGGGAGCUUCCUCCUUACUUUAUCUCAAGAGCAGUAUGUACUGCAGCCCAUUUGUCAGCAAGUAACUUGGAAACCAUGGAGGAUCUAGGUGCUGCUUCCUCAAAUGGAGAUGGAUUUAUAUCUGCAUCUCUCAAGAAAAUUAAAUGCUGGCUUGUUUCUCGCUUGCAACAUCUCAACUUUUUUACAAUUUUAGUGCUUGCUUCGGUGCCAAACCCACUUUUUGAUCUCGCUGGUAUUAUAUGUGGACAAUUUGGAAUCCCAUUCUGGAAGUUCUUUCUUGCGACUCUGACUGGAAAGGCAAUCAUUAAGGCUUACAUGCAGACAGUUUUUAUCAUCUCUAUAUGCAAUAACCAACUUUUAGAACUGGUGGAGGACAAGUUGAUUUGGGUUUUCGGUCCUGGAUUCUCUGGUGUACUGCCCGACGUUAUUGCCAAGUUGCACAUGGUGAAGGAUAAAUAUCUGUCUGCCCCAGUUCCAGCUCCAGACCCCUCAGCUGUGAAGGGAAAGCAGUGGAAUCUGACUUUUACAACGAUCUGGAAUACCUUCAUAUGGCUUAUGCUAAUGAACUUCACUGUUAAGAUAGUGCAAUCUACUGCUCAGAAAUAUUUAGAGAGACAACAAGACCUAGAGUUGACUGACAAGUUAUCCCGAUCAAGACAAUCCAGUUCUGAUUAAAAUUGUAUAUCCUAGCAUCGGAUUUGUAACUGCCGUUUCCUUCCAAACUGAACAGCUACAGUGGAGGUGAUUUUACUCUUACUGAAGCUCAGUAUUCUGACAUUUGUGUGCACAGAGAACAAGGAUGGGAAUAUUUAAAUUCAUCGAGGCAGUUUUAGUUUGCCUUUUUGGGGAGGGAAAUUUUAUUGUGCAUUGCACUGGCGCCCUUUAUCGAUUGUUCAAAUAGAAUUAUCUUCCUACUCUUCUUGUUAUACAUCAGAAGUUAUUUGCUUGUGCCCAAA